AUGACGCCCCUCAAUCAAGGUCUUUUCUUCCAUGGUGCUCGUCCCCGUAUACGUGCACGGGAAAACAAAUCUGAAUGGAACAAGACAAACCGGCUCACCACUGGAGGGUGCUAUAGACCUACAAGAGGAAGAGAUGGAACAGUCUGUCACUCCUCCCUCACUGUGACCUUCCACGGACCAAGCCCUCCGUCACUACCGGUUCAGUAUCCCAGGAGUCUGCCCCUCAGCUCCUCCCUCACUGUGACCUUCCACGGACCAAGCCCUCCGUCACUACCGGUUCAGUAUCCCAGGAGUCUGCCCCUCAGCUCCUCCCUCACUGUGACCUUCCACGGACCAAGCCCUCCGUCACUACCGGUUCAGUAUCCCAGGAGUCUGCCCCUCAGCUCCUCCCUCACUGUGACCUUCCACGGACCAAGCCCUCCGUCACUACCGGUUCAGUAUCCCAGGAGUCUGCCCCUCAGCUCCUCCCUCACUGUGACCUUCCACGGACCAAGCCCUCCGUCACUACCGGUUCAGUAUCCCAGGAGUCUAUCCCUCCACCUCCUCCCUCACUGUGACCUUCCACGGACCAAGCCCUCCGUCACUACCGGUUCAGUAUCCCAGGAGUCUGCCCCUCAGCUCCUCCCUCACUGUGACCUUCCACGGACCAAGCCCUCCGUCACUACCGGUUCAGUAUCCCAGGAGUCUGCCCCUCAGCUCCUCCCUCACUGUGACCUUCCACGGACCAAGCCCUCCGUCACUACCGGUUCAGUAUCCCAGGAGUCUGCCCCUCAGCUCCUCCCUCACUGUGACCUUCCACGGACCAAGCCCUCCGUCACUACCGGUUCAGUAUCCCAGGAGUCUGCCCCUCAGCUCCUCCCUCACUGUGACCUUCCACGGACCAAGCCCUCCGUCACUACCGGUUCAGUAUCCCAGGAGUCUGCCCCUCAGCUCCUCCCUCACUGUGACCUUCCACGGACCAAGCCCUCCGUCACUACCGGUUCAGUAUCCCAGGAGUCUGCCCCUCAGCUCCUCCCUCACUGUGACCUUCCACGGACCAAGCCCUCCGUCACUACCGGUUCAGUAUCCCAGGAGUCUGCCCCUCAGCUCCUCCCUCACUGUGACCUUCCACGGACCAAGCCCUCCGUCACUACCGGUUCAGUAUCCCAGGAGUCUGCCCCUCAGCUCCUCCCUCACUGUGACCUUCCACGGACCAAGCCCUCCGUCACUACCGGUUCAGUAUCCCAGGAGUCUGCCCCUCAGCUCCUCCCUCAGGUGUGUGGGGACGUGGUCAUCGUCAGGGGUCAGUUUUACUGGGAGGUGGAUGUCUGCAACAGCACUCUGUAGGAUAGGUGAGGAUGUGCACUCUACUCCACCUGGCCAUGAGUUAAUGGUAGUGGCAGAACAAGUACAAAUCACUGCUUUGUUAAUAAUACUCUUAGCCUCUGGCAUGCUGAUAUAUUUCUACUGACAGAUGGGCUACAUUUCUUACACAUAAUCAUGUGGCGGUUGUAGCCUACAAAUACAUAUAGGCAGUCUUGUGCAAAUACUCCCACACACUCAUAAUAUUGUCCCUAGGGCAUACAUGACACAGGCUCUGUCCUACAUAAAGUUCAUUCACGUCCUUUAACUCUGCUCUGUGGUGCCGCCUGGUGGUGAACAGGAUGUCAGCAUGGAUUCCCCAGCGAUUGGCCGAACCACUAACAAUUAAAUAGUUUCUUUAACAAUUUCAUUUUGGCUUACAAGGCAUAUUGACAUCUGCUCUCUGUAAACAACAGAAACUCUAAUAAUUUGGCCCAGCAACAAGCCAUAAACAAUCUGUUGAUUUGAAUCAAAUAUGACAGAAAUGUGCAGCUUCAUCAUUAACUGUAGAGAGUCAGGCCAAAUACGUAUUAGUGGUUGUUGACCAGGAUGACUGGCACUGUCGACCGAACAUGGGAUGGGAACAGCAUUGAUAUUUGACAUAUUAUUGCUCACUCGUGCCUAUCCCACAUGAACAAAAUACUACGGUUUACUAUAGAAUGCUACAGUACUUACUAUAGAAUGUUGUAGUAUACUAUUGUAAAUACUACAGUAUACUACAGACCACAAACACUCCAGUAAAUACUACAGUAAUCUUCGCAAAAACACUACUGUAAUUACUAUAGUAUAUACUACAGUAUUUCCUUUGCAUAUACCCAGCACAUUCCCCUCCUAUAUCCCAAUUUGUUCCACCCAUAAGUGAGAGAUGUUUCUCUCUUAUGGGUGGCACCAAUAUUAUUGUGUUCCCUACAUAGAAAAGAGCAGAAGCUGACACUGCAUUCAGACCUCAGUUCUACCUACCUACUGUAUAGGUUAUGGAAAAUUUGCUCUUUAAAUGUUUUGUCCAUUAGGGUUCCACAAGUAUUUUACAGUCUGCAAAAAUACUACAGUAAUUACUAUAGUAUAUUGUUUUUCUUACUAUGAUUUGUAUACCAUAGUAAACUAACAACUACAGUCUUCAUGGGGUCUUACUGGGGAAUACAUAUAACAACUUUUUGUUUUUAAGUACAAGUGGCUGCCACGCACUGCCGCUACUAAAUACAUAUAGGGAAAACACUGUGGGUGCCUGGGGGACAGUUUGUUCCUGCUCCAAUCAACAUGUUUUAGUCAGGCCAAACGAGGCAACAACUAUGUAGCUUUGUUGAGUGCAGAAAAAGUUGGGCAUAAAGACCACCGCGUUUCAGAAUGACAUUGCAAUGUUUAUUCGCACAAUAUUUAAAGACAUAAGUUCCUUUCCUAUUUUCCAUACAGGAGUGAGCUCAUUGGACGAUGCUUGCGGCUGGUGGCUUGAAAGGCGGGGCUUGUCCUUCUCCACUGUGUACGAUAGCCGUCGGGAGCCCUUACUGCCUACUCGCUUCAGCAACGCUGGGGUGCGUCCCGCUCUGGGGCUGGGCCAGGGCAGGCUGAGGCUCCGCUGUGGCCUACCCCCUCCACCCCACAUCUUCCUCAGCCGAGUGUCCGCCGCGUCCACUGGUGGGGGUCGCUGGCGCAGAGACGUGCCCUUCCAGUCUGUACGGGCGGUCAUCCAGAAGUUUGAGGAGCUGGCGGUGUCAGAUUCUCACUCUGGGCUGGUGUCCAGUUUUGGGUCGUCCUGCUCCACUCUGGCCUCCUUGGCCGAAGCAGGCCCAGGUCUAGGCUUCAGCCUCAGCCCAGGAGCAGCUUGCCAUCCUGGGCAAGAGAGGAAGGGGGCUGGGGCAGAGUAACAUGUGGAGGACAGAUUAUAGUACCUUGUACAAUGAUGGGCCUCUCCCUGCUGGUGAUAGGAGCAAACUACUACCACGUCACAUUACAAAUAGGUUUUUAUAAGGUUGGUGAUGACACUGUGUGACAAAUUUGGGAUAAACUUGUGAGAUGGAAGGGCCAUUCUUCUGCUUUAUGAUAGGAGAAACCCAUUUGGGAUGAGUUUGAUCUUUGGAUGACUAUUUCCAUUACUAAUUUCUCAUCUCUGAGGAACUCUGUGACUUUCUCAUCAGUGUGAUUGUGACCCAGUAGUUUACUUUCUCCCCAGGACGCUGGGCUUCCUCUAAGCUACACAACCCCCAGAGGUUUGGGGCUGGGCUCGGGCUGUCUGUAGGAGGAGGAGGAUUUCUCACUGGGGGUCCCACACUCUGGUGUGGGGGUUGAUGGUAGGACAGUAGGGUUGAUACGGAUGGUGGCGGUGUGUGUGAGGAUGUGAGGUGUGGGAGUCAGUGGCAGUGACACUACCAGUGUUGACACUGGGUCACAAAGACAAGUGGUAAAGUACAUUUAUCCAGUGGUGUGUGUGUGUUACUCCCUCUGCCCCAUCUUGUCUCUCCAUGAUCUGUCUGUUUUCUCUUUUUCUGCUUUUUGCAUGUUCUGGAAAGGACAAUCCAAUCAUUUGGUCAGACCACCCAAAUUGUAAAUCACAUUGUAAAAAAUAAAUAAAAAAUCCACCAAAUUAAAGCAACCAUCAAUCAAGGGAAGAGCCGUUUGUACCUGUGGAGAGGAGAAAACAAGAUGUCCACCGAGUAGUUGUUGGGCUGGGCCAAUAAUUUAAUUCAUUGACGUGCUACUUGUCACGCAUCUUCAGGGAACAUAAUUGCGCACAAAAGACUGCGUCAGUAUCAGUGGAAUAAUUCGGAAGAGACGGUUGGUCUGUGAGUCAAAUGCGCUGUUACACUGUCGCCCCCCGAAACACUAAUCUUGAUGACUGUGUUGAUGUUUAAUGGUCGAGGUAUUUACCGCAGGAAUAAAAAUGUGUGUACUGCG